AUGACGUGGAGACCUGACAACAACACAAAUGAAGAUGCUGGCCCAUCCAAGCAGUGGACGAAGUUUCUUGACUCCCUGAAGGAGGCCCCGGAUGAGUCAAAGGCAGUUGUAAAACGCCAUCGUGUGGCCAAAAGAGACAGGAUGAGCCCCAAGCCCAACAAUGCCUUUGCUGAAGACGGCGGCGCAUAUAUUGCCUUGAGAAGGGAGAGCUCUCCAACAGGACGCCAUAGUCCACCACCCCAAAUUCGUUAUGGUUCUAGGUUCUAUCAAGGAGAAGACAGGCGCUGGCGCCGGGACCGUAGCUCCUCCAGCUCCUCAUCUGGCUCGUUUUCACGCCCACGCCAACGAUUUGAUGACCAGCAUCAGGAAAGUCAUAACACGCAUGACGCCGCCCCUGUGUCUAUCGACCCUUCUAAGGCGGAAGAUGUCACUUUGCACCUUUCCCUUCCCACGGCUUAUGACAUUGAAGAUGCCUUGGAAGAAGCGGCUAGGUUAAGGAGAAUUGGUCACUUCAAGGCUGCCAUCGAAAUAUACGAGCAGGAUCUGGGACAGUUCUUGGAAAUCAAGUAUGUCAUGGUUCAAUAUGCGGAAUGUCUUCUAGAGGCUGGGCGGAUUUCCAAGUUCUCGGAAUUGUCCAUGAAGCUCCCAGAUAGGCUCAUGGAUAGCCUCGAUUUAAAUUGGGUACUCAUGAAGUUGCGGCCAGACAUCCAUACAACUUUCCCCCUUGACCUGCAAGGCGUAUUGGAUGAUGCAUCCAAAGUAAUUCACCGAAACUGGCCUCGACUGGACUCAACAGAAGUUCAAUUAUUGACGUAUAGCUUGGACCGUGUCGGCCAUAACACCGACUGGUAUGAUCUCUAUAGGCACUUCUGCGACGAGAAUAUGAUAUGGGAAUUUCAUGACCUUUUCGUUAGCAUGGCCUCCAAGUUCGGCCCCGAAGCCACCUGGCGUUGGUUUUUCCCAAGGAUGAGGAAUAUUCCCUCCAACUGUUUAGAGCAGCUGGAUCAAGACUGGGUCGGGGAAGGAACGGACACCUCGGUCAACUUCGCGCUUCUGGAAAUCUCAACAACCUCUGGUCUGCGUUACUUGAGAAUGCGGGACACUAAGGCAGAAGCUCUAGAAUGCCUGGAGAAGGCAGGCGAGUACGCAGCCCGGCUCCGAUCGCAAGACCCAAGAAAUAUCAAGUCCCGCCCGUACUUGAGGUGGAUGGCGGCCAAAGCAAUGAUAGAAGAGUGUCCGCAUCGAGCAUGGACCUUAAUCGAGGAUGAACUAGGCUCUUCCAGCCCCCUGGUCCGGGGGUUUUUGACUCCAAUAGGGGUCUUUCCAGAUCAACUUUGGCCGUUGUAUGCCCCCUUUGGCGACGAGCAGAUCCGAGUUGUAGGAACAAACUAUGCCGUUAUCAACAAAAGACUUGCUACCAUCGCCAAGGCUGCAGAAGAAAUUAGCGAUUUUCUGUUGAGGACCGCAUGUCUUAAAGAGCUAGUAUUGAACGGCGCAGAAGGAACAGAAGGCAUCAUGGAGAAGCUUGAGGGCCUCUGGGAGGAGAGCGGACAUUCGGAUUCCAUAUCUCAAAUGCACCUUUACCAAUACCUCCUGAUACAAGAUCCAUCAGAUGAUGACAAGAUUCGUCACCGUAUACUUCUGGAUGGCGAGACGAGCACGGGGUGGGCUUACUAUGCCCGGUGUAGGGUCAUGGCCGCCUUAGCGACUAGCGAGCGAGAGAGGAACCAUUACCAAAAAGAGGCAGAUGACUUCAACAAUAGCCGUACAGCUCCCUACAGGAUGAGGGAGCAUUCGGUAUUGCGGGAGCGCUCGGCAUCGCGGGAGCGCUCCCGUCCUCCCAUGAGAGGUUUCCAUUUUCCAGGGCCGCACAGAUCGAGUGGUGACAGAGAGCGAGAGGAGUCUCCGAACUUCCUCAGACCCAGCGAUGACCAGAAAAGGAACGGAAAGUCGCAGGAAACAAGUCUAGAGAAACCACAACCCCGUGUCACACUCAAGCGCUUUGCCCUGAAGGAGCAGGAGCAGAAUGAGAUCAUCAGAAGUCGAGAAAGGGAGGCUAUUGGAAAGCGGGAAGAUGACGCCAUCGGUACAGCGGCUGCUUCUAGUGGAAAGAUGACAGACCUUACGGUGACAGAAUACGGUAGCAAGAACCCGGUAACUGCUGAACAUGAGGAUGAGGAUGAGGAUACCAAGUCAGAUGAGACUGAAAUAAUGCGAACCCUGGUGGAAUAUGGCGACCCAGAGGACGAGGACCUGCCUCGCCGAGACAGCAUAGACAUUUUACCCGACGGAAAAGCUGAGCUGGAGAGUACUCAUGGCAAGGAAGACGAGGGACACCCACACAAUGAGAGCAACGGCACAUGGUCGUGA